CCAGUUGUAAGAAAUGAACAAACAUUGGCCAUUAGAAGACACAUGACUUGGCUGAGUUCAGAUAGGGAAGUGGUUGCUGUCAAGUGCGUGGAGAAGAACUCGCUCACAAAGCCAGCAGUGGAAAACCUUUUGACUGAAAUAGAAAUUCUUAAAAAAGUUAAACAUGAAUAUAUUGUUGAGCUCAGAGAUUUCCAAUGGGAUAGCCACUUUAUUUACCUCAUCAUGGAAUAUUGCAGUGGUGGUGAUCUGUCACUUUUUAUUAAACGGCGACGAAGACUUCCUGAAAUCACUGUUAGAAGGUUUCUGCAACAGAUAGCAAAAGCAUUACAAGUUUUACGAUCUCAUAACAUAGCACAUAUGGAUCUGAAACCACAGAAUAUCCUUGUGUCUUCUGUUUGUAAUCCAAAGUUAAAACUUGCAGACUUUGGCUUUGCUCAAUACCUUCAACCAGAAACAGAGGGUACCUCUCUUCGAGGCUCACCUCUAUACAUGGCUCCAGAGAUUUUAUUGAAUCGGCGUUAUGAUGCCAGAGUUGACCUUUGGUCAGUUGGUAUAAUUUUAUAUGAAUGUUUAUUUGGACAAGCUCCAUUUUCAUCUGGUUCAUUUGCAGAACUAGCAGAAAAAAUCAAAAGUACUAAGCCAAUACAGAUUCCAUAUGGUGUGGAAAUUUCAGAUACCUGUAGACAUUUGGUGCUCCAAUUGCUUCAAAGAGAUCCUGACAAACGUAUCACAUUUGAAGAAUUUUUUGAUCACCCUUUCUUGGAUCUUCAGCAUAUGCCCUGUCUUGAAUCUUAUAAAAGAGGAGUAGAACUUGUACAACAAGCUGUAUUGAAGGACACAAGUGGUCACUACACGGAGGCGGUAAGGUUGUAUUGUGAAGGCCUACAAUAUCUUGUUCCUGUCCUUCAUGCUGAGGAAGAUUUAAAAAAGAAAGAGGUGUUGAGGCUGAAGUUAAAAGAAUAUAUGGAAAGAGCUGAGAUCUUGAAAGACAUCAUCCAACCUAGCCGAGGGUUGGGUUUCCCUGUAAAUAUGGCAGCAGAUCUUGAAAAACUGUCAAUCAAAGAUUCAAUACUUGACCAAGCUCUAGCCACAGUUAUGGAAGCUGAAAAUUUGGUUGAAGCUGAGAAGUAUGAGGAGGCAAUGGAAAGGUUUCAAAAUGCUUUAGAACUUAUGGUAUCUCUUGUCAAGGCUGAACCACCUGGUCCAAGAAAAGAAUUACUAUAUAAUGAGGUAGACAAAUGGAUGAGAAAAGCUGAAAACAUUAAAUCUUGUAUUUUGGUCUCAAAACUGAAACAAGAAGAGUUAGUAAGAGCUAAAGGUGGCAGUCUAAGUGAAAUGACAGACAGUAUUCGAUCUUGCAGUGUAAUGUGAUAGCCUGAGAAAUAUAUAGACUGAAAUGACCGUCAUUCAAAUACAUAUGAAAUGGUGAUAAACAACCAACAGUAUGCUAACACAGUAUCAUCUGGCCUGCAGAUAAUGGUCCAAGUUAUGAAUUACUCUUAAACGUCUGGCCUGCAGAUGUUGGUAUAACUUAUGAAUUACUGUUUAUACCAGUGCAAAUUAUGAAACUGUUAAACAUUUGGCCUACAGAUGUGUAACUAUGAAUUACUGUUAACGUAUACCAGUGCAACUUAGGAAACAGUUAAACAUCUGGCAGGCAGGCAUUGGUGUAACUUAUGAAUUACUGUUAUCAAGUACUGUUGUAACAACUAAACUGGUAAACAUUUGGCCUACAGAUGUGUAACUAUGAAUUACUGUUAACGUAUACCAGUGCAACUUAGGAAACAGUUAAACAUCUGGCAGGAAGGCAUUGGUGUAACUUAUGAAUUACUGUCAGCAAGUACCGUUGUAACAACUAAACUGUUAAACAUUUGGCGGAUAGAUGUGGUUCAUGAAACAUACGUUAAACAUAAUAACAUAAGUGUUCAAUUUGUGAAUUAGUGUAAAAGAUCUGGCAUGAAAGUGCAACUUAAAAGCUGUUUUAUCCAAAGUUAAAGAUAACCCUUUAAAUUUCUACUUUCAUUGCCAUCUGAAUAUCACAUUGUGGCACCAGUCUCUGAAAUUGAUAAACUUAAAUUUUUACUGAAGAGAAACCAUAUGUAUAAUUAAUUUAUGUGCAGUUUCUAGUCGUAUAGAUAAAAAAAUAUAUAUAUAAAGAGUAUUUAAUCAAUAUAAAUAAAUCAAACAAUUUACUGAGAAAUAUUUCAAUCUCUUUGUGAGCUUGAUGUAUUGUAACAUUGACAUGGUAUAAUUGUAUUUUACAGAAACUGUAACAAUAUAGAUUGACAUAUAUGUGAUUUUAAAAACAAUAAAGUCAGUUAAUUUAUGUUUUAUUGUGAAGUAAGAAAAGUAUAGUUAUUAUAUUUGUGUUUGUUAUUCUCCCAUCCACCCUCCUGUGGAUCAGCAGUAAGUCUGGGGGCUUAUAAGGCUAAAACUUGGAUUUUGAUACUUACUGUGGACAGAGUACAGGCUGCCCAUUAACAACAAACAAAGUUUGUUUUCGAGAAGUAUGAAUCUCCUAGUUUGUUUGAUAUAAUUUAGUUCAACUUUAAUACACACUUUCACCUUAGUUUAGAAGCUUGUUUAUGAGGUAUGAUUUCCAAUCAAGUAAUUUCAGAAUAGUGUUUGAGGGGAGAUUAUCAGGACCAAGUGACAAGAUGUGAAGUCACUUUAACACAGGUCAUUAAGAACUCGUUAGCUAUUAUAGUCCUACAUCAACAAUCCUGGCUAACACACUUUUAAUAGUUUUAUCUAAAAUAUAUAUAUACGCACACAUGACAACAGAACUACUUAGAAUUAGUUCCUGUAAUCUUUGGCACACUUUCAAAAUUGUAGUUUCAACUAGAAUAAGGUAUCAAACUAACUACAGAAGUUUUAAUGGUGGCAUACUCUCCUGUGAAGGUAGAUUAUUUCUGUAGAAAUGAAUAUUGGGAGAUUACUAAGCUAAUGUCUUAACGUUGUAAGUUUAACUUUUCACUUUAUAGGUUGUUAGUUUUGUCAAGAGUAUCUACCAGUGCAAAACACUUGCACAUAACUUGUAUUUUGGAUCUAAAUGGUAGUUAAUAAUGAUUUUGUUUAAAUAGAACAAAAUAAAAGAUCUGUUAUUAAUCUUAUAUUUUUAUAAAUAAACAGUGAACUUUCAGUUUGACUUGUGUGUUUAAAAAAUUUUACAGUUUGACUUAUGUAUUUUAAAGUUUAUACUUUGACUAAUGUAUAACAUUUCACAAUCUAACUUAUGUGUAUCCCUAAGUUAAUAUAAAAUUUGAUGCUGUGGACCAUCUUUGCAUUUAAUACUCUCUCUCUCAGUACUUUUAUAUAUAUAAAAAAUUACCAUGACAAAAACUGAGAUUGGAGCUUAAACUUAACAAAUAAAUCUACUGAGGAUUUUGAGCUUUACGUAUUAUAAAGCACCAUCACUGACAAUGGUGCACUUGCGGAGAUACAGUUAGUUACCAAUGAUGCACUUUUGGUGAUAAAGUUAGUUACUAAUGGUGCACUUUUGGUGAUAAAGUUAGUUACCAAUGAUGCACUUGCAGAUAUAAACAUAUGGUGUAUCACAAUUCUUAAAUUUGUGCAACAGAAUUUAAUGUGUAUAUACACAUUGGUGCUGUAAGGCUUUACCACGUUCCCCAAGUUUUCAUCUAAUAAA